AUGCAACAUAAUGAGGAAAGCUAUAAAGCCUCCAAGUACAGGGGUCGCCUGAUCGAUUGUUCGUCUCUGCGCAGUUUGCAAUCGCUAUUCGAGAAGUUCUACCCCCACUUACUGGAGUCCACCUCAUCUACUCUUGCAGAAAAACCGCCCAGUGGCUCCAGCAUUCUCACUGGUGGCCAGUCUGUGCAGCAUCUUCUGAAGCGCGCAGUUGUCGAACAUAACAUGAUCGCAGCAAGCCUGAUUUACAACAAUAUUAGCCUGGCUAAUUUGGGCGAUUUGUUGGAAAUUUCAGCCGAAGAAGCGGAAUCAAUCGCCUCUCAAAUGAUAAGCGAGGAAAGGUUGACUGGCCAAAUCGAUCAAAUUGACAGUGUAAUUCAUUUCAAAGUCCCGGUGUCCGGUCAGGAUCCGGUGCUGGUCUCGUGGAGUGCCCGGAUCCACAGUCUAUGCACCUCGGUGAACCGAAUAAUGGAAGAUAUCGAGGCUGCGCAUCCUGAAUGGGUCCACACACAGUUGGCGACGCGUAUGUCAGUGGAUCCGAUUUUAUGAUUUCCCUCCGAUUAGCGUUAUUUGGUGUCGGUUUCCGACUACCAGGUAUUACUGAGCCUACCCUCUGUCAUCCGCCCCCCCUCAUGUUCUGUACAUCGAAUCUGCUUGUUACCUCCAUUUGUUUGCUAAAAUAAUUGAAACGAUACUCCAUCUCGAAUUUC